CAAUCAGGCGUCGACGAACGACUUCAAGGCCUACCAAUCACAGGUCUUGAAAAAUAGCAAAGCGAUGGCCAAUGCCCUACUGCAAAAAGGAUGCACCCUUGUUUCCGGUGGUACAGACAACCACUUGGUACUCUGGGACUUGCGAACUAUGCACCUAGAUGGGGCACGCAUGGAGUGGAUUUGCGACAUGUGUAACAUCACGGUCAAUAAGAACACGUGUCCUGGAGAUAAGAGUGCACUCAAUCCAGGUGGCUUAAGAUUAGGCGCGGCUGCACUAACUUCCAGAUCGUUUCGGGAAGAGGAUUUUGUAAAAGUUGUUGAGUUUCUUGAAAGAGCGGCCCAAAUUGCUCUCAGGGUCAAAGAUCAAACAAAAACUUUGAAAGAAUUCCGAGAUUACUUAAGCGCUAAUGACGACAACAACAACAACAACAACAAUAAUCGUCAUCAAAUUCUAACGGAAGUCAAGAAACUGAAAAGUGAAAUCGAAACUUUCUCCUCGGGAUUUCCCAUGCCCGGACUUGAUGACCGAUGAUGAUGAUGAUGAUACUGAUGUUACUGAUAAGGAUGACGACGAUGAUGAUGACGACGACGACGAUGAUGAUAAUGAUCUAUAAAUUAUACAGUAUUCCGUACAUUCAGUCACUCGUUUAAAAAAAUGUUCAUUCUUUUUCGUUCUCUUUGUUUAUUUGCAACAACGGUGAUUAUGAUAAUGAUAUUUAAUAUUCAUGAUGACGUAAUAACGUUACGUAAUAUAUAUAUAUAUAUAUAUAUAUAUAUAUAUAUAUAUAUAUAUAUAUAUAUAUAUAUAUAUACGUUUUAUUGGUUUUUCUCUAUAUAAAAUAAUCCUGACAU